AUGCCUCGGCCGGGCCGCAACACGUACAGCGACCAAAAGCCGCCCUACUCGUACAUCUCGCUGACCGCCAUGGCCAUCCAGAGCUCGCCCGAGAAGAUGUUGCCUUUGAGCGAGAUCUACAAGUUCAUCAUGGACCGCUUCCCCUACUACCGGGAGAACACGCAGCGCUGGCAGAACAGUCUGCGCCACAACCUAUCCUUCAACGACUGCUUCAUCAAGAUCCCACGGCGGCCAGACCAGCCGGGCAAGGGCAGCUUCUGGGCGCUGCACCCCAGCUGCGGGGACAUGUUCGAGAACGGCAGCUUCCUGCGGCGCCGCAAGCGCUUCAAGGUGCUCAAGUCCGACCACCUGGCGCCCAGCAAGCCCGCCGACGCCGCGCAGUAUCUGCAGCAGCAGGCCAAGCUGCGCCUCAGCGCGCUUGCGGCCUCCGGCACGCACCUGCCACAGAUGCCCGCUGCCGCCUACAACCUGGGCGGCGUGGCGCAGCCCUCGGGUUUCAAGCACCCCUUCGCCAUCGAGAAUAUCAUCGCUCGAGAGUACAAGAUGCCUGGGGGGCUGGCCUUCUCCGCCAUGCAGCCCGUGCCCGCCGCCUACCCGCUCCCCAACCAGUUGACUACCAUGAGCAGCUCGCUGGGCACUGGCUGGCCGCACGUGUACGGUUCCGCAGGCAUGAUCGAUUCGGCCACCCCCAUCUCCAUGGCUAGUGGCGAUUACAGCGCCUACGGCGUGCCAUUGAAGCCGCUGUGCCACGCAGCAGGCCAGACGCUGCCCGCCAUCCCGGUGCCCAUCAAGCCCACCCCGGCCGCGGUGCCCGCGCUGCCCGCGCUGCCCGCGCCCAUCCCCACCUUGCUCUCGAACUCGCCGCCCUCGCUCAGCCCCACGUCCUCGCAGACAGCCACCAGCCAAAGCAGCCCCGCCACUCCCAGUGAAACGCUCACCAGCCCGGCCUCCGCCUUGCACUCGGUGGCGGUGCAUUGA